AUGCAUAUGGAUUCAGACUCGAAAACUUGGGCAGUUCGACCUCCUUCUGUUUCAUCUUCCACAAAUUCGCUCACCUCCCGGUUUCCGUCAUUGUCACUCUUCCGCUCGCGAAACCGUCAUACCAACUCCGAUCGCCGCACAGUGACCCAUGACCGUCUUCCGGUAGACCCUUCCCAGACACUCACCCCAUCGCAAAGGGAUGAAGAAAGACAUUUCCCGAGUCGUCUUUCACGACGUCCUUCAACAAAGCCAACUUUCCAAUGGGCUCUGGGAGAACUCAUAGGUGAAGGGAGUUAUGGUCGUGUUUACCUGGCUCUGAAUGUGACAACGGGAGAAAUCAUCGCUGUAAAGCAGGUCGAAAUAGCGAGAAGCCCUUCAGGUCUUCAGGGCCGACGUCGUCUGCGGGAGGUUGCUGAAGCACUACGACUGGAGAAAAAUACGCUUAAACUUCUAGAUCAUCCUCAUAUAGUACGGUUCUUGGGAUUCGAAGAGACCAGUAAUUGCUUAAGCAUAUUCAUGGAAUACGUAUCCGGAGGGACCAUAGGAAGUUGGCUGAGCCGUUACGGUCCCUUUGAGCAAGAUUUGACGAAGUAUUUCACAAAGCAAAUUCUUUCGGGUUUAGGGUAUUUACAUGGCAAGGGCAUUAUCCAUCGGGAUCUGAAAGCUGACAACAUCUUGGUAGAAACCUCUGGUAUUUGCAAAAUAUCGGAUUUCGGAAUAUCCAAACAAGCAGACGACGCUGAAGGGCGUGCCUUUACCGAAAUGAGGGGAACUGUGUUUUGGAUGGCCCCCGAAGUCUUGGAACCCAGAGAAGGCGGUUAUGAUUCAAAAAUCGAUAUCUGGAGUAUUGGGUGUGUCAUUCUGGAGAUGUGGUCGGGAAAGAGGCCAUGGGAUGGCGAAGCUCUCUUUCCGGUUCUCUUGAAGGUUUCUCGACAGAAACUUCAUCCACCAUUACCUCCUGGCAUAGAACUCAGUCGAGACGCGUUGGAAAUGUGGAGAAAAUGUUUCAUUGCUGAACCAACGAAAAGGCCAUCCGCAACCGAACUAUUACUGCAUCCAUACCUUGUUAUGCGAUCUGACUGGGCUUUUCAUUCAUUUGACCUGCGCCCACAUCAUAAAGGCCAAAACACCUCGUCGUCUCACUCCCUACGAACUGUCCGACCUACAAGAACCACUCAUCGCGGAUUAACUUCCAGUCAACGCCCCUCGCCUACGAUAAGAAUACCGAAUAACGAGCACUCGAAUCUCCUUCCACCCUCGAAUGAUGGGCCACCCAUUGUAUACAUCACACCACCUGGUACACCGGUGAACACCAGUCCGCAAGAAACUCCGAUCGAACUGCUAUCCCUGCCAAGAUCAAGUGUCUCAGAUUCUAGUACAAAGAGGUCAAAGCGUGGAAGGAGGUCGUUGCAUGUCGCAAACCCCGAUCCUGAAGGUGGAUCGUCAGGCAAACCCUACGUGUAUACUCCACCUCCUUUACCCCCGCACAGAUCUGCCAUACGUAUAAAUCAUGCCUCUCCGUCAGAUCAUCCAGGACUUCAUGGUCACACUAUACGCAGUGUCAAGUCAAUGUCGUCUAUGCAUCCGGUCUUUGACAGUGACGACGAGACAAAUGAUGGCGCCUCGUUUUGGAAGAAACCACCUAUCAACAUACGUCGAACGGAGAGACGCAGCCGACUUGUAGAAGAUACAGGACCGGAACGGCCUAUGACGGAGGAAAUAUUCAACAACCUCCAGGAAUUUUUCCCUGACUACGAUAUCGACGAGCCAAUCAUUCAGGAGACGGUUGACGACUCAGCUGCGUUGCUUCAUAGUCGCAUCAGGCGAGGUAAAAAGUCAAUUCGGAAGGUGGCGGAGGAACAGGUGAACAGGUCGCGACGCGACCCAGAUCGAUUACGUCGCAGAGGAACGAAGUUGUGGGAAGGGAGCAUCCAACAGCUUCCAACAUAA